AUGGCGGAAGCUGAGCGCCUCUGCGCUGAGCUGCGAGCCUUAGCGAAGGAGCGCCGCGAGGAUUGGAAGCUGAGCGCCUCGGCCAGUCCAACGUGGAGCGAAGGGGGCUUUCAUGAGAAAGCGUCCACCGCCAGCGCCGCCAGCGCCCGGCUGCGGGAAGAGUGGCGCAGCUGGCGCGAGCAGCUCUUGGCACAGGAGGUGGCACAACUGCCCGAUGGCCAUCGUGUGCUCCUGCAAGCCUUGCUUUGCGAGAUGCUCUCCAGCUAUGCCGAGCUGCUGCCCGGCUUCUCCGUGCCGCCCACACCACGCGAGCGCGACUCCCUGGCCGCGCGGCUCCAGCAGCUUGCUAGCGCCGCGCAGGCCGAGACGCUGCGGCGGCUGGCGGACCGGCCGCGCCAGGAGACCUCUUUCCGCUCUGCGCACACCUCGAUGCUUUUGCGGAAGCUCGAUAUCUCGGAGCCACCGUCUCCACGCAGCUCUGUUCUCCAGAUCUGGGAUGCCUGGUAUGCCGCCGCAGAGAAGCGAUUUCAGACCACCGUGCUCGCCGCGGUACGGCGGCGUGGGCUGCUGGCGCGGCUGCGCCGGCGCCUGGCGCGUUAUGCGCUGAGGCGGCGGACGAAGGCCGUGGCCCUGGAGGCGGCCGAGGCCCUGCAGGGCGCGGUGUGGACCAAAGCGGCGGUGCGGAUCCAGGCGUUUUGCCGCGGCCGCUGGGGCCGGGGCUGGGCGUAUUGCUGGGCGACAGCGGAGCUGGCCAAAGAGUUCGCUCGGCUCCGCAAGAGGAGGAAGGCCCAAAAGGCCUUUGAACUGGUUCGAGCUGCCUGGAGUCCAGCUUUGCCCGUGGAGCUGAUGCUCUUGAAGGCCUGGCAGCACGAGCACGAGGAGCUUCUCCAGCGUGAACGCUUCGUGCAGCGCGCCACGCGCCGCUUCGAGGCGCAGUGGACGCGCUACGCGGAAGGUUUGGAAGCCUUUGCACGCACACAGGCCACCGAAAGGUCCAAAAACCGGGACCACUGGGUGGCCACCGCCGACCAGCGCACCGGCCAGCCGGUGUGGCUGAACGAGCGCACGGGGCAGCUGCGGGCCAACGAUCCGACGGAGCUGCGUGUGAAGGGCGCGGUGAGACAACUGGAGGAACACCUCGCCCAGCUGCAGGGCACCUGGGAUCAGGAGCACCAGUCGAUCGCCGAGGACGAGGCCUUCGCGGCGUUGUACGCGGCCAACCUGGAGGAGCGGGGGGAGCUGAGCGCCGCAGGAGUGGGUGUGGAUAUGGGUGGUCCUGCUGUUCAAGACCAGGAGACUGGUCUCAAAGCAGUGCCAACCAACUCCCUCUUCUUCAACUUGCCUGAGACUGCGUCCGUCUUCGAUGCGACCAAGCUGCCGGAGGGCCCUCAUGAGCGAGGACCCGUGGAGCUGGAGCAUCACAUCGUUUACACCGGGCAGUGGCUCGGACGGCGGCGGCACGGCGAGGGCGUCCUGCUCAGGCCCGAUGGUGGCCGUUAUGAGGGACAGUUUGUGAACGACCGAGCGUGUGGCCGCGGUCGCUUCGUCCACGCGAACGGCGAUGUCUAUGAAGGGCAGUGGCUGGAUGAUAAGGCCCAUGGCUCGGGCAAGUUCCUGCACUCGGACGGCUCAUCAUAUAUUGGUGACUGGGUGGAGGACAUGAAGUCGGGUCAGGGCCUGGAAACCUGGGCCGACGGCUCCACCUUCAAGGGCGAGUACAGGGACGGGAAGAAGCACGGCCACGGCGUUUUCACUUCUUCUGACAACUCGUCGUACUCGGGGCAAUUUGUGAACGAUUCGAUGCACGGAGAGGGCACCUACACCUUCUCCGAUGGUCGUGUGUACGUGGGCACCUGGCAAGAUAGCCAGAUGACGGGAAAUGGCACCAUGCGGUGGCCCGACGGUCGCUGGUAUGAGGGUGGCUACCUCAAUGACCGGAAGUCGGGCGACGGAAAGUUCUCUUGGCCAGAUGGUCGCUGCUAUGUGGGGCAGUGGCUCGAAGGGAAGCAGCAUGGCACCGGUCGUUACAUUGAUGCCAAGGGCAUCAGUCGCGAGGGGCUCUGGAAGGAGCGGACGCGGAACGACUGA